CUCCGGUCUCCACUCCAAAACACACCAAACCAGACAAAAAUCCUGGUACUCAUUGUGACUUUGUUACUAAAUUUCCCUAGAAAAUCAAUAGGAAAACAAGCAGGAGAGAAAAUGGGUGUCUUUGCAGCAGUAGGGGUGUUGCUUCCCUUCCCGUAUUACUACUGGCUAUGGACAAACCCACAAGCAUGGGUGAACCUAUGUGGGAAAGACAAGAACCCAUCAAAGGUUAUGUCUCAUGUUUCACAUUUCCUCAAGUUGUUGCAGUUCAUUUCUCUUUUUUCAGUUUCCACUCUCUCUUGGCCUCCUCCUCUCUACUUCUGGCCCCUCUUUGGCUUUGGUCAGUUCCUCAACUUCAGGGUAUACCAAUUGCUUGGUGAAUCCGGUACUUACUAUGGUGUUCGCUUUGGGAAGAACAUCCCCUGGGUGACAGAGUUCCCAUUCGGGGUUAUACAAGAUCCACAAUAUGCUGGAAGCAUUUUGAGUCUUUUUGCAUGCCUAUCCUGGACCCCUUUCCAAUACAUUCUCCUGUGGACUCUGGGCUAUGUAUUCAUGAUCUAUGUGGAAUCAAAAGAGGAUCCAGCUACUCGAGCAAAGCCAAUAUCUUGAUUAAAAAUGUUGCAAUUUUACCGUCUAAUGACCUCCAAGAAGAGAGUGGAUGGUUGGAAGAUGCUUUCUUUCUCAGCUCUUUAGGUCCGGUUGAAUAACAUCAUUUUGAACAUCUGAGCCCCGUAUUUCUUUCAAAUUUUGAUGAUUAAUUAUUUUUCUCAUUCUAAUUACUUUAGAAGGUGCUUCUUUGUUUUACAAAGUUUCCUUCUUGUGUAAUUUUCACCUAGUAGACUUACAUUACAUUUGGCUGAAUAUUUUUACAGUUAACUAGUAAAGGCAUUAAUUUUGAAGCUACAUUUUACUGAAUUUUACUA